CACUUUUAAACACUAAGUCAAAGGACAAAAAAAACCAAGUGCCAAACAGUUAUGGUAUUUUUUCAAAAUUGCGGUGUAAUAAGUUCUUUGUUCAUUUUGCUAUUCAAAAUUGUCUGUGAAUUUAUCGAAUAUUAUUGUCCAAUGUAUAAUAAACGAUCUACGACUUUGACUAGUAUCCCGGAGAAGGCGGAGUGCGAGGACACCAAAAAGUGGGUCCCGAAAAACAAACACGAGGUGCUGAAGGCAAAAUACAAGUGUUUGAAGAAGUUGUUUCAGAUAUACGAUGCUAGCGUUAUAGGAAUGCUGCCAGAACAGUGCGGCAUGGACGGGGAGUCUGUGGCCGGCACCGAGCCGCACCACCACCAGUCGAAGCGCAAGCGGCGCUCCACGCGCACCAAGACCGACGCGUGCGCAGGCACAUCGGAAUACUCUAACGGCGACGGAGAAACAGAGGACUCUAAUUCGGAGAAAGAGUCAUCAAUAGCCACAGCGGUGAUGCGGGACCUGAAACUCAACCCGUGUUCGUGCACCUCCACGCAGUUUGACGCCACCACAGUCUCCAAAUACGCCGGGACCCAGGCGUCGAGAGAUGACGUGAGAAGAUGCGGCUGCGAGUGUCAGACCACGGAGCAGCCGCCCCAGCUGCCGUACCUGAUGAUGCAGGCCAGCAAACCCAGGCUGACGAGGUUCCAGUGUUUCAUACAGAGAAUAUUCGGAAUCCGGCGCGACUAUCGUCCGUAUUCGCCAGACGGGCAUAUCUAUGCGGCCAGUGACAACAACAUUAUGCACACGUUCGGCGAGCGCCGGCGUCGCCGCGGGCUGAGGUUUCGUAGGCUUCGGCGUCCGAAGAAGACGCAGAGCGAGGUGGAGCUUCGCAAUGUGCGGAGCCCCAUGAUCCUGAACUACGUGCAAUCGGUGCAGAGGAGCUGUCUGAUGGACACCACGCCGCGGCAGUGCCCCAUCACCGGCUGUCGGAUGAUCUCGUACGGCAUAAUCAACUACAACGAUCAUCUAAACCUGUGUCAUUUCUCUGAGCGGAAGUUCGUCUGCCAUUACUGUCACGAGGGUUUCGACAACGAGAAUGACAAACAUGUCCACGAAAACGAGCAUUUGGGCAUCACGAAGCUGAACCUCACCGCCACAGACUCAUCUGCCAGAGAGUCCACGAACAAGUCGAGCGUGACGCAAACCGAUCCAGAGCUCACCAGAUGCGACGUUCAAGAAGACAAAUUGAAGAAGAUCGUGUCAUUUUUCGAUAAGAUUUCUGAUCCGGAUCAAGUUUUUUCGCACAUGAAGAAGGAUAGGUUUUCAGAGUCCAAUUUGCGUAGCAAUAAGAUGGGGAGUACACCGGAUAAUGUGACCAGUACAGACUUGGACAACAGCACCGACGGUGAAGGGGAGAAGAGGACGGUCAGCUGUGUUAAUUUAAGGAGGAAGAUCGACAGGCGACUGCACUCGUCGACCGAAGAGUCUGAGCGCACGUCUAAGUGUAGUUCGCCGGUCUGCUGCAACUACUGCGGCGAAUGCUUCGACUAUAGGCGCCAACUGAGCCUCCACAUGGACCUGGAGCACCGUUCCCACGGGAAGUACUCCAAAUUCCACAGCUGCGCCGGCAUCGUGAGCCCCAAGUGUCCCAUCCACUCCUCAGACACCGACGACAACUUGCACAGAAUUGCCACUAGGACAACGCUAACUGAAUCGAGGGUUUCCGAACAGACUGUUACAAGGGACCCGUCGACAAAUGUGGUGUAUACGUCUGUAAAUCCCAACAAGCCGUCGCUGAGCAGUUUCGUGGGAAGGGGCGGCUACCAGUGGGAGCCCGGGACCAAGAUUAUACGUGUGUGACGUGCGUGCUGUUUGUGUGUGUCCGUGUGCAGUCUAUAAUAUAGUUAUAAAUACA